UAACCUACCAAGUACUAACUCCUCCUUAUUGGUUAAUACCAAGUUUCAAAAUGUCAAGGUUACCGUUCUCAUUUAAACAAACAAACCAACCCAAUCAUUAAAGCAACCUUCUUGAUUAUCCUAAAGCCGCAACAUUACCACUCUUUUUCUUACUCAUUAUUCAAUUUCUACCCCACACUUGAGCACCAAAUUCCCGUUUUCCAAACCCCAUAAAGACACCAUCUUUACACUUUCCCGGGAUCUGGGUCUCCUUUAAUUUUCCCGAAAGACAAAGUAGACAGUGCCUUCCACACACUUUGAAAAGAGAGAGACUAUGUGUGAUAGUUCAUGAAACUGAAGUGUUUCUCUGUCAAUCAUUGUGUUUUACAGUCAAAUUCAGCGUCUAUGAUCCCGUUUUGUAAAAUUUUCCGCUUGAUAAAGGUGGUUUUCUCUCGCAACUUCACAAAGUCACACCCUUUAUUUAUCUCGGUAUCCAACAAAGUGUUGUUCCUUACUUGCUAACUCACUGACCCAGAUCUUCAAAUGGCAGUGUGAGUCUUGCAUUGUUGCAGGAGCCUUCUAUCAAGAAUUGCUGAAGUAACUGUUUUGAGUUUGUAAUGAGGGUGUGGAGGGUUCACCUACCAGAGCAAAAGCUUUGUCCUCAUGGUGUUUUGAGGUGGGUUUUGGUUUGGAUGAGUGUGUGUUUGUUUCUGGUCACGGUUGGUCCACCGUCUCGGUCGCUGGUUAAGAAGAGUGCACCUCCUCGAUUUUCUUGUCCUCCCUGUGAUUGUCACUGCUCUUCAGCAGAACAUCUCCUCGAUCCUUUGGGACUCGGCAAUGGCUCAGUUUCUGAUUGUGGUAAACAUGAUCCUGUUUUGAAUGAGGAAAUGAAUAAGGAUCUAUUGGCAAUGCUAUCUGAGGAGCUAAAUUUGCAGAAAGUAGUGGCCAAGGAGAGGUUGGAACACACGAAAAGGUUAGUAAUGGAUGCCAGGAAAAGCUUUUCACAGUACCAGAAAGAAGCAGAAAAGUGCAACAUUGGAAUGGAAACUUGUGAAGAAGCAAGGCAGAGGGCAGAGGCAGAGCUCAUUGAAGAACGAAGGCUCACAACAACGUGGGAAAAUCGAGCUCGUGAAUAUGGGUGGAGUGACAGAAAAAACCAUCAUUAGCUAAUGAUAAUUGUGUAACAUAGCUUUCAUAGCCAAUGCACUGGUUUCUUGAAAUGAUUUCAGAAAGGUCAGUUAUUCCAUUGAAGCAUAGUUCAAUACUAACAAUGCCAUUUGCCAAAGCUUUUCAAAAUAGCACAAUCCUUGUUUAGCAAAUGACAGUAACAGAUCCAGAAGUGAUGAAAAACCAGUGGAUUUCAUUCAGUUCAGAUAUUUCCUCGACAUCAAAAUUUCAUUACAACGAAAAUGCACUACAACUACAGUACUUGUAUUUUGUGUCACUUAAUUGUUUUCGCUCUUUUAACAUUUUGAACAU